UCCACUACACACAAACAAACAUGGUGUCAAGUAAAGAUGAAAAGGACCUUGUACAGGUCAAGUCAGCCGUUCGUGAAGAAAUCGGUAUUGAAGAUGGAGUGGUUGGGUUAGACUACUUCGAACAAGCUCAAGAUAUCGGAAGCGAAGACCUUGAAGCAGAAUACAAACGAAUCUUGAGAAAAUUGGAUUAUAGAAUCCUCCCCAUUUUAUGUGUUACUUAUACCCUUCAAUUCUUGGAUAAACUUUCUUUAAAUUAUGCUGCUGCUUACACUUUGAAAGAAGAUUUGGGAUUACAAGGACAGCGGUAUUCUUGGGUUGCGGCUAUUUUCAAUUUUGGAUAUCUUGCCGGCGCGCUUCCUUCCAAUUACAUCAUUCAAAAGGUCCCAGUUGCAAAAUAUACUGGUUGUAUGUUGGUAGUAUGGGCCGUACUUCUUAUUGGACAUGUCGGUGCAAAGAACUAUGGAGGCAUGCUUGUCUUGAGAUUCUUAUUGGGAAUGUUGGAAAGUGCCAUUUCACCAAGUUGUAUGAUGAUUUGUGGUUUAUUUUAUCCAAAAGAUGCGCAACCAAUGCGUAUGGCAACCUUUUUGAGUUGUAAUGGGAUUGCCACCAUGGUCGGGGCUCUUCUUGGUUAUGGUUUGGGCCAUGCUCACAACUCACAUAUCAAAGCUUGGCAGCUUAUCUUCAUGGUUAUUGGCUUAUUAAACUUCACAUGGGCUUUCUUCUUCCUUUGGUUAUGCCCAGACUCUCCAGAAAGAGCCAAGUUCUUAACUGACCGUGAAAAGGCUGUUGUAAUUGAAAAAGUGUCUCACAAUAAUAUGGGUAUCAAGGAUAAGCAAUUCAAAAAGUACCAAAUGUUUGAAUCAUUGUGUGAUAUUUCAGUGUGGAUGAUGGCUUUUGUUGGUCUUGGAUGUGGUGUUGUCAAUGGGGGUAGUUCCAACUUUUCCCUGACCCUUAUCAAAGGUUUUGGCUUCUCUGGGUUGAAUGCUACCGCAUUACAACUCCCAACUGGUGCAUUUGAAUUCGUCUUGGUCUUUGCUGCUGGUGUUGCAGCCAUUUACAUCAAAAACACAAGAACUAUUUUCUUGGCCCUUCUUUGUGUUCCGGGUCUUGCUGGACUUAUUGGAAUCCAUGUGAUCUCCUUAGAACAUCGUUGGGCCCUUGUUGGUUGUACUUGGUUGCAAUUCAUUAUUGGAGGACCUGUGAUUUUCUCGUGGAUCUGUCUCAAUGCCAACGUUGCUGGUCAUUCCAAAAAGGCGAUUGCCACUGGUCUCUGGUUCACAUUCUAUGCUGCUGGUAAUAUUGUUGGAUCCAACAUCUUUUAUGCAUACCAGGCACCAAAGUAUAUUUCUGGAAUGAUUGGGUUAAUCACUUCAUACGUUGGAAUGAUAGUACUUGCCAUUCUGUAUAGAUAUCUUUUGGUCUGGCGUAAUAAAAAGAGAGAUCAAGAACAAGGCGGGUAUACCGAGGAAAUUGCUAGACAAGCUGUCAUUGACGGGUUCAAGGACAUGACUGAUAAGGAAAAUAGAGGUUUUAGAUACUCUUUAUAAGUUGAUAUGAUAUGAAUACAAAUUCAUUAAUAUAAAAA